UUUACUAACUUCGCCAUCUUACAUGCAAUUGUUUUCCCGCCCCCGCUGACUACGAACUAGAUUGAUAUAUCAUUGGUAGGUAAUAGAGAUUUGCUACUCUCAUAUGCAGGAUAUAAUGAUUCAAUAACUUUACAUUUAUGUCUUGUACUAUUCAUUUCUUUGAAAGUUUUGCCAUUCCGAUUAAUUGACUUGCGAUCCGGAAACAAGACAUGGAUCCGAGAUCAAUAUCGUUCCUAUUCAUGUUACCUUCGAACAUUAGUUAACACCUUUCUUUCUUUCUAAAACCAAUAAAUUCUUAAGAAAUAUUCACUGAUAGAUAGUUACAUAAUAGUUCAAGAUGUUUUGGAGGUAUAAUUUGAUUACUGGCUCGUGCAUAGAAACUUUGUUGGAUAAAGAAAAUGUUACCCUGAAAGAGUUAAUGAACGAAGAAGAUAUCUUACAAGAAUGUAAAGCUCAGACAAAAAAAUUACUAGAUUUCCUCGUUCGUCCAGAAAUUUUAGAUGAAAUGGUUACUUUGAUAAUAACCGAACCUAAAGAUGAUGGAGUUGUAAGUAUGCGGUAUAGAUAUGCUAAUCGCGCUUGUGAAAUGUUGACUUUUGAUAUUGCGCAGAUCAACGAUGCUCUUGUUGGCGAUGAAAAUCUUCUAAUAAAACUGUAUAAUUAUUUGUCCACCGAUGAUCCUCUAAAUCCACUUUUAGCAAGUUUUUUCAGCAAGACAAUGGGAUUACUUAUAACUAAGAAAACUGAAAUCAUGUAUGAAUUUUUAAAAGAUAAAGACUUUAUUAUGCUAAUCUUAAAGCAUUUUAACACAUCGGCUAUAAUGGAUUUACUGCUACGAUUAGUGGCUAUUGAAAAUAAUGAAAUGCGAACUACUAUUAUUAAAUGGCUUGAUGAUCAGAAGCUAAUUCAGCAACUUGUAAGUCGUAUAGAUGUAGAAUAUGGCGAAGACUUCAAUUGUAAUGCAUCUCAUGCUCUAUGUGAUAUAAUCAAAGUUUCUAGAGAGCAUAUGUCUCUGUUACAGGAAAAAGCAGAACCAAAUCCUUUGUUGGAAACUGUGGAAUCUGUUGAAGUUAUUUCUGAAUUGCUGAACCAUAUGUUUAAGGAUGUUACUAAAGAAAGUGCUAUUGUUAAUGGAAUUCAAGUUUUGCUGUCAUUGCUGGUUUUUAAGAAACAGGGCCCUGCUGGCAUACAACAGAUGCCUGUAAAUCAGGGAGAUCCAUUACAAGCAGAUAAUGCCCCAUCUUGUUUUGUAUCACUAUUUAACAGAAAUAGUGAAACGGAACAAAUAACGGCUUUGGAUGUUGAACGUUUGGAACGUGGUGUAUCGAAUGUACUAGCUGCUAUUGGCCCUAGAUUGGAAGAUUUUCACAAUUUGCUCUUAAAACCACCUGUUAAACCUGCUAUCACAUUCACAAUUGGCUGUUUGGAUCCUCCUCUUGGAAUAUGUCGAUUAGAAGUUGCUCAUUUGCUUACAGCUCUAUUAUAUACCAAUAAUCAAUCAAUAAAUGAAAAGCUUGCAUCACUUAGCUCUAUUAUAGUUCUUCUAGACAUGUUUUUUAAGUAUUCAUGGAAUAAUUUUCUUCAUACUCAAGUUGAGCAAGCUGUUGGCAGAAUUAUUACUAAUCCUCCAAAUCUUGACAAAGAGGGUAAUAAAAUGCACCCAUUAUUGGAUCAGAUUUUGAUCCAGUAUAAAUUAACUGUGAAAAUAAUUGAAUGCUUUUAUGAGGAGCCUGGUAAAUCUUCAAAAUCUAGCAGUAAAGGUUAUAUGGGUCACUUAACAAAGAUUGCUAAUCAUAUUGCUCAAAAUGCAGAAAACGGAGUUAAUAGUAAUUUAAUUCAAGAAAAAUUAAAGCAAUUGCCUGAAGAUCAUCAAAAGAAAUGGGAGGAAUUUAUAUCAGACAAAUUAGCAGAAAUCAACCAGAAGAACAGAGUACAGGUUGUAAAUGGUCCUCCAAUGUCAGCUUCUUCAACUGAUGAAGAGUCAAUUGAUUUCAGAAGUGUACUUUUUGGUAAAGGUACAUCUGUUCAUCUGGCAUUUUCUGAUAAUCCAAUUCAUGAAAUGACUAGUAAUUUUGUUGAUCAAUUUGGCUUUAAUGAUGAUGACUUUGAAGAUGCACAUGAAAGUCUUAUUUAUGCUCGAAAUGCUGUUAAUCCAUCUCAGAAUUUCCCUGUUGGUGAUGGGAACAGUAUGCGGAGUGCUGAACUAUUUGAGGAGAUUUGCAAUGCUAAAAUGAAUCCAGAUGGCGAUGCUGUUCUUUGGUCAGAUCGAGAGAAUUCCUCCUUCUCUUCUUGCUUUAGGUUGAAUAAAUCUACUGAAGAUAAUAGCAGUGAUUCUGAUGAAGAAUCCCAAGUAUUUGAAUCGGAAAAUGCACCAGUAGCUCUGAGCUCUGAUGAAAUGAAAAUGGAUGUUGAUAGCCAAGAGCCUAUACUUGAUGGUGUUCCAAUGGAUGUGGCCCCAGUUGCUAUCCCUAAUCCCUGGGAAACUGCUGAUUCUUCAGGUGGGUCAUCAGAUGAUCAAAAUUGGGCCGAUUUCAGCAAUUUUGGAUCUUUUGAUCCCCCUUCUGUAGACCAAUCAGAUGUAACUGGUUCUUCUUCAUCUGUGGCAAUGGAAACAUCAGAUGUUGUAAGUGAAAAAUGUGUCAUGAAUUCAUCAAAUGCACUUGUGCCUGAAACCACUUGUAAUGAUACUGACAAAAUGAAUGCUUUAAAUGCUGUUCUGGAUGAGAAUAAACAAAAAUCUGUUCAGCCUAAUUGUAAUGAACAAUCUUGUGAUUUGGAUGCUUCAUCUUCACCUAAAGUUACACCGGAGACUGCAAAUGAAUCUGUUUCUUCCAGCCAGUAAAAUGUGAGGAGCAAAUUUCUUCUAAUUUGACUGUUAAUUUAUAUUAAUAGAUUGUUGCUGUUCACUUUAAAAUCUGCAUAAGGCAUAUUGUUAAACAUCAUUCUUUGGCCUAUGUAGUAAUGAAAACACAAAUAAAUAGAAAAUACCUGUAAUGAACAAAUUAUAUUUUGUGAUUUAUGAAAAAUAGCUUUUGGGAAGUACCUGCUGCAAAGCUCUUUGUAAUAUUUAAGAAAAAUUAAAAUAGCAUAGAAGGCUAACAAGAAAAAUUGUAUGGGAAAUUACAUGAAUUGUAUAUUAGGUAGAUUUUUGUGAUAAAUACAUUUGAAAUAGUUCUAAUGUUGUAAUUAAAAUGAUCAGGGCUGGACUCUGAAAAGUUGCAUUAUUUUGUUGAAUGCUUUUAAAAAAUUACAAGCUCUUAAAUGGAUUUUAUUUUAUUAUGAGUAACAUGUUGAUUAUAAUCUACUUACUAAUCAUAUUUGAAUCAAACAAAACUUUCUGUUUUAUGAUAUUCUGCAGUGUCAAUAUUAUAAAUGUUUAACAUCUUGAAAUUUUUUUAAAAAAAAGUUUUAUAAUAACAGUAGCUUAAAAAACGUUUUAACUUUAUUUUGUUUGAGGACUAUGAAAAUAAACGAAAAUUGUCAUUUUGUAAGCAAUUUAAUGUUUCAACUUAGCAUAAAAUAUCACAUGACAUAUGAUAGCUUUUGACCAAUGAAUUUAUGUCUUCGAAGAUAGUACUAAAUCUGUGAUCAAGUAUUUUUCUUUGUGUGUAUGGCGCACAGUGUAACUAUUAUCUUGAAAAUAUUAUCAAUAAAUGCAAUAUUAUUGA